GAUUUUACCACUCAGUAAGCUUCGACUAAAAUGCAAUCAUAUCAAAAAGAUCAGAGAAAAACCCACAAAAAUACAACGAAUAUACUCUUUUGAAACAACAAUCAUGUCGUACAGCAGUCGCCGCGAGAUGUGGGUGCCCAGCCCGGCGCUGAUGCUGCACCAGCUGCAGUCCUCGGAGGAGGAGGACGACGAGCCCGCCGUGGACUUCCACGAGAACUGCAACCAGGCGUGGCGGGCCCAGUACAACCACCCCUCGAUGGCCAGCGUGGGCAUUGGCUACGAGUUCGUCAACCCACCUGGUCGGUACAUCAGCUCCUCGCAGAACGACGAUGCGGAGAAUCGCCUGCUCGGUAAUUCUUCCUCCAGCAACACUCGACUGGUGCACAUCCCGCAGAUCCCCCCGAUAGGAUAUCAUCCCUAUAGUUUCGGGUCGGAUGACGAGAGCCAGAUGCAGUACUAAACCAUUUCCCGAACUAAAUUCCCAGUGCUUGAACAUAAUCUGAUUCGCUUUUUCCCAAACCAGGAUUCACAUGCCUCACCCACCGCUGUCGCAUCUGAGCUCCGACGAGUCCCAACUGGAAACGCGGGGCCCCGAAAGAGGGUCUUUUAUACAGCCUCACCUCAUUGGAAUAAAAUUGCAUUUCAUUUUGUUUUCGCCAA